CCCCGGGCCGCGGGAUGCGCUCCGUCAGUUAUGUGCAGUGCGUGGCGCUGGAUUUCGCCGGCAGCCUCUUCCCGCACGCCAUCUGCCUGGGGGACGCCGACAACGACACGCUGAAUGAACUCGUGGUGGGAGACACCAAUGGAAAGCUCUAUGUUUACAAGAAUGAUGACAGCAAGCCCUGGGCUGUGCGAUCUUGCCAAGGAAUGCUCACRUGUGUCGGUGUGGGAGAUGUGUGCAAUAAAGGAAAGAAUUUCGUGGUGGCGGUGAGUGCGGAAGGCUGGUUUCACCUUUUUGACAUGACUUCUCCAAAUUCAAAACACCCAGAUGCUUCAGGCCACCAUGAGUUGGCAGGGACAGAAGAGCAGAAGCCAGUGUUCAAGCAGCACAUUCCUGCCAACACCAAGGUCAUGCUCAUCAAUGACAUUGAUGGAGACGGGAAGUGUGAGUUGGUGGUGGGUUACACUGACAGGGUGGUCCGUGCCUUCCGCUGGGAGGACUCAUCAGAGAAUUCAGAUCAUGUCUCUGGGCAGUUGCUACUGUUGAAGAAAUGGCUUCUAGAAGGUCAGGUGGACAGCCUCUCUGUGAACCCAGGCCCUGAUGGCUCACCAGAGCUGAUGGUGUCACAGCCAGGCUGUGGCUAUGCCAUCCUGCUGUGCACCUGGGACACGGAGCAGCGGGAUGCAGCCACGGGAAGGGACGGAUCUGCCCCAAGCAGUGAGGGCCCUGUUCGAGAUGUGAUUCUACACCAAACAUCUGGACGGAUUCACAACAAGAAUGUCUCCACUCAUCUGAUUGGUAGCAUUGCCCGAGGCUCCAGUGACAAUAGCGGCUCAGGUCUCUUUGCCCUCUGUACUCUGGACGGGACACUGAAACUCGUGGAAGGAGCAGACAAGCUGCUCUGGUCUGUUCAGGUUGAUCACCAGCUCUUUGCUCUGGAAAAGCUGGAUGUUACAGGCAAUGGGCAUGAGGAGGUGAUUGCCUGUGCGUGGGACGGUCAGACRUACAUCAUCGACCACAAUCGCACUGUGGCCAGAUUCCAAGCAGAYGAGAAUGUCAGUGCCUUCUGUGCAGGCCUCUAUGCAUGCAAAGAAGGAAGCAACAGUCCCUGUCUUGUUUAUGUCAGCUUCAGCCAGAAGAUCUACAUCUACUGGGAUGUGCAGCUGGAGAGAAUGGAGUCCACCAACCUGUUGAAAAUCCUGGAUGGUGAUCCAGAGUUUGAAAGUCUCCUGGAGCAGCUGGAUAUAGACAGAAGYGACGUUUCUGCUGUCAAAAAUCUGAUUCACAAAACACUCUACUAUCCUGAGAAAUACCAUCUCAGCAGCCCCUCGCAGGAUCCUGAUGGAACAGAUUCCUCUGCCCACUGCACUGGCAACCAGGAUCCUCUAUAAGAAUUCACUUAAAGGUUGRCAUCUUUGAUACCAGCACAAGCUCUUCUGCAGCUGGAAGUGGGCAUCUGAUGAAGAUGACUGUUCUUUCCCCGUGUUGUCAAAACGUCCAAACAGGAAAGGGUCUACAGGYGGUGAAGGGAUGUUCUUGGCUGUAGGCUUGACUGAAUGUGGURUGUUGGUUUGCCUUUAGCUGAGGGAGCUACCAGAACAGAAAGGGCCAAGGAUCCUGCACAUAGGCCUUCUGUUACCAGUUUCCAUAUUCCUCACUAGCUAAAGUGCUCCAUUGGGCACUGAAGGAGUACUGAGGUCACAGAUGGAGAGAGCAGCUGAGCUCCAUCUCUGUUUUGGCCUGUUCUUAAAACUGCUCUAGUGAGUACUUCUGACUUCUUAGCAGGAUCACAAUGCAAGGAUUGCAGGUGGAGGAAUUGUGUUAGGGAGCAGACACAGACCUUCUCUUCCACUUCUGUGUGUUUUUAAAGUAGCGCCAUGCAUUGGUUGCUUCACUGUUACUCUUCUACCAAGCAGUUUCUCACAAAUCACAUCCUGUUCUGAGGAGCUGGASCCAUGCACAACUUGCACUAAGAAGGUAUAGAGAGAUAGUGCCUCCAGCAGAUCCAGUUUUAGUCAAGAGUCGUUGCRUGUCUCCAUCUUCUUGGUCAGUGUGAUCCCAGAGAAGGCUGUGACUUCACAAAGCAGUUGUGAAGUGGUCAGGAAGAGCAGUCUGACUUAACUGUASAUCUGUGGUGCUAUGAGAGCUUGGCCAUCUCACAGUAAGCAGUGGAAAUGCCACUCUUGCCAUUUGUUGUGGAGAAUGUCAUACUUUGAGUUCUGCACAACUGAAAGAGGCAGGCUGGAGGGGAUGUUCUACUGUCAGGCAUGAGCAGUCUGGGAAAGGGCAGCUCAUUUGCAAAAGCCCAGGCAUGAACCUUUCCUCAUGCUGUUGUUACUGUGCUUUUCCCUGUAUUAGCUUGUCCCUUGCCUAACUCAGCUUAUUAGGAAAGGGGCAGCAGGCUUACCUGCUGGUUUGUAUCGAUUAUACCCUUGCUUGUGUGAUGUUUUAUUGGACAUUUUUAAUGGAUGGAGCUGUCCCUUCACCCUUACAGCAGCCCGAGUCACAGCAAAUUCAAUUCAAUGAUCUGGAGCAAGUGGCAGCAUUUAAAGAUCCUGUGGGAGGCUGAAAACCUGCUGUGCUUUACUCUGCAAAAUAUCCAAGGGCAGCCCUAACUGGGAGAAAAGAGUUUGUAUAGAGAAAAGGAGUGUCUUGCCCUUGGGUCAAAGUGACUGUUGUCGAAGAUGAUGUGAUAGAAGURCAGGAUCUUCACAUGAUAAGUGUUAGCUGUUCUUUACAGUUUCCAUCUGUAGAUUUAUAUAAGCUUUUCAGAGGACAGUGCUGUCCUCUGUAUUUGGUAGCAGUGAAAGUUGAAGCGUGGAGCAGUGAAACGGUCUGACCUGCUCCGUACCUGCUAGCUUGUUUCUCAGGCCACUGUAUCUUCUGACUCUCCAACUGCAGUGGAAGUUUCCCUCUCUUUUAAUGAUCUUGCUGAGAAGCAUUUUUAAAUGUUCCUCUGUCAUACUAAGUGCUUGUGUAAAGCUGGACCCUUCAGGCAGGAGCUUUCAAGUCAGAGCUUAACAGUGGUGUGRAGAGCAGCGAGGCUGGAGUGUGUGAGCAGUGGAGAGCUGAUCCCACAGGGACCAUCUACUAAAGCAAGGAGUUAUCUUGAAGCUUGUCAUACCUAGACUGUAACCUCAACAAAUUGUCAGCUCUCAUGACGCUGAGAUGURCAGCCCCCCAUCCCAACAGGAAUCACCACUGCUUCUGGCAAGUAGGGCCCAGCAGGGAAACAGGAUGGCCUACACUCGCAACACAGAACAACUCAGUGCUGUCUGUCCAUGCCAAAUAUAAACCUUUAUUAGCAACACCAAAUAUAAACCUUUAUUAGCAACACAAGCACAAGGGGUGUACAAAGGAGUGCAUGUGGUUGGAACUGUUCUAUGCAAAACAAACUUUGCUGUACAAGUUGAAUGAUUUCCAAGAAAGGAAAGUCAAACUGAUCCACUGUUGGACUAUUACUUGUUGAGAAAGAAUGGGAAAGGGUAACUGAGGGAGAAAUGACAUUUUUCUGAGAACCAUCUUUGAAAGAAAAUGGAGCAAAAGCAUUGCARAUGUUGAGCAGGGCCAUUUGUGCACCCUAACCCUCUUUUGCUGGCCUGAGGAUAAUAUUGCUGUGUGCUAUGCAAGCCCAGGCAAUGCACACGAUGACAAGCAGAGGUGAGAAAAUACAGACACUAUAAAACAUCUGUUCCCCAAAACUUUUCAGCUCUUAAAAACCAUUGGAAAGGAAAAAUACUAACAUUUGAGGGCUUCCCCUGACAGUUUUAUAUUGCAUGCAGCACAUAAUAAUUUGCAGAUGCAUUUUGCUUCUGUGCCCCUUAUGCACAAGGGAAGAUGAAAAGUGUCUACAGAAGAAUUAAUUGGACAUCUGUACUGUUCCUUGGCCAAAAGAUGGCUUUCCUAAUUUUUUCCUGCCUUGAACUUCUGAGUACCAAAUGCUUCUGGAAGUCAGUGCUUCAGGCUGCAACAAUCUUUCUGUAAAGUGUCCAUAUUCUCAAGAAAGGAGCCACUUAAGGCUGUGUCUCUGGACUGAUGGAGUUACAUUAUACUUUCUUUGUAACUAAUUGUCUGUUUGUCCUUGCCAGCUGACACAAGCUGCAGAGUUGGAAUUAGAAGUGCUUCCUUCCCAUACAGCAGAAAAUGUUGUUUGCUGUAUCCUACUCUAGCARACUGGCAUCAUCUGCUGGUUCUGGGAAGCUUUUCAACAGGGCAGGAUUUGCAGGACACCUUUUUAUGUCCCAGUGCCAGUACACAGCAAGUGAGGAGUCUGACGGUAUUCUCAGGCACUGGGGGUCUUUGCAGAUACAUGAUUCAUGGCUUUGGUUCUGAUGCUCAGUUUACUAGCAAAAAAAAAUAAAGGAAGAGGGUUGCCUUAUUUUCCUGAGAUAUAAUAAACCUGCUUUUCAUCCCUGCCCUCA